AUGUAUGUAAGCGAAAAUCCACAUCCAUCUAAUCCAGAUACAACUGAUGCAGCAGAGGGAAGAGGAUAUACAAGACUUAUUUCAAAUAAGCGUAAAGCUAAUCGAGACAGAGUUCCAUUAAAAACUAGGAACGAAGUUGAAGAGUCUCAUCCUAGUGGAAGCGAAAGUGGUAUUUACAGAGAGGAUGUAAAUUUCACUGUAAGAACACUUCACGAUGAUAGGCAAGAAAGUGGCGCGAUUCAUGAAUUUAUGAUAGAUCCACUGAAUAUUGAAAACGUGCACAAGGAAGAAAAUGAAAACACAACUAAUUUUGACUUUGAAAGAAAAUCCAAAAUUUGUGAAAAUGAAUGGGAUGUCAGUGUGAGUGGGUGGAAGAUUGAAGAAAAUUUUGGUACAUGUCAAAGUGAACAAAAUUCUUCAGUUGUUAAAGAAACUGUUUUCAAUGCUGAAGAAAUAGAUAAACAGCAGCAGGAAGAAAAUAAAGAAGAAAAGAAAAUUAGGAUAACCACUGUGGAAAAGGCUAUACAGUAUGGUGAAGACGAAGAAAAUGAAAAUUAUUGUGAUGGAGUCAAGAAUCAGACAAGUCAUAAAGUAAACAGAAGUGGAUCCAUUCGGAAAACAAAAUCUUUGGGCAUUCUCAAUUUGAGAUUCCUAAGCGCAGUCUGCAUACAAGUUGACAAUACAGGGUGUAAAGAGCUGAAUCUUGAAUCAAUCGUUCGUGCGAUGGGAGUUGAAAAACGACGAAUUUAUGAUGUUGUGAAUAUUUAUGAGUCUUUGGGAGCAAUGCAAAAGUCCCAUAAAAGUAUUUAUAACUGGAAAGAUUUCUGUGACUUGCCGUCAACAUUUCAUAAAUUGAAGUUAUCAGCUGAAAAGGAAAACAUCUACGAAAAAGUAAAGGAUAUGCAGUGCUCUAUGAUAAAAUUUGUUGAACGAAUGAAAAAAAGCAAGAAAGCUGUGGGUAAACAACUGUUGACUACAUCAUCAGAGAAAGUAAAUGUCUCUUGUGUUACGGAUCUAUCACAGGCCAAUAUCAGUGAUUGUAGUAGUUCAUUUCAAGACUUGAAUAAUUCUAAACAAAAAGAAGGCAAUUGUCAUCGGGGUCACAAUUCGCUAACCCAUUUAUGCACUAAUUUUUGCAAAGUUUUGAUAUCGGGAUUGGAUCGAGAACCUAACUUUCAAGUCAGUCUCGAUGUUUUAAGUACCAUGUUAAUUACACCAAAUGAGCGAACGGAUUAUAGGCCACCUGAUCGGAGUCGUUGUCGACGGAUUUACGAUGUUGCAAAUGUUUUAACAUCCCUGAGAUUGGUUGAAAGAAGAGUUCGUAUUUUUUCAUCAAAAAAAAUUCCGUUUUUUGUGUACUGUGGGCCAAAAAUUUGCGAAGACGAAAAAUUCGAUAUAGUGCAACAUCUGUGUGUCAAUAAAUUGUCUGCAACUUUAAAGUAUUCAGAAGAAAAACGAGCAUAUGAAAUUGAAGAAAAAGUAUUGGAAUUGCAUCACCAGAAGCGAAAAAAAGGAGAGAGUAAUGGGCAUGAUCCUGAAAGCGAAAAUGAUAUCGAACCCUCAAAGCAACGUAUGCGAACUGAAGCACAAGCAAAAGCUGUCCAAGAUAACGCUACAACCCGUCAUGUAAUGAUCAUGCCGAAAACUGAAAAUAAUACAUCAGGAAGCGCAUUCGUACCAGUACUGCGUCCUCAACCGCAGAUGUUCUUCCUGACAGUAGAGCAUUUGCCGUUAUUUGGAGUAGAAAAUUUGUAUUUUUUUCAGCAAAUUAUCAAUUCUCCGACAUUGAUAUCUUUAAAUAAUCCUUCGCAAUCAGUUGUAUCUUGGAAUUCUCCUCAAUAUUUAACGAUUCCUGUAUAUCCUAAACCACCUGCACAAGUUGUCUUUCAUCCAAAUUUGGAUUUCAAUACAGGGCCGUACAAUGCAGUAAUGUUUCCGUAUUAUACACUUUCUCCAUAUGUCCUGCAGCCUUCAUCGGUUGAGGGAACGGGUAAUGCGGGUGAAGCACCUCCAGUUCAACAACAACCACCUAUUCAAACAACUGUACAUUCUAUCUCCUCACCAUUUAAUAUCGAUUCAUUGUUAAACUAG